UCUGUGUAGUUUUUCCAUUUGAACUCAUAGGGCCGCUGUUGACCACAGUGUCUAACAAACAGUAGGUUUGUGGCAGCGUCUCUUCUGCACCGUCGACAUAAUAAAGCAAGAACACGACGUGAAAGGAUCRCUAAAGCCUUUUAGAGUUUUUGAGACCUUUUUCGGAUCAUCGYUGUUGCGUGAAUGUUGCUGGUUUUGAAACGAUCCUCAUGAGCUGAAUUUAGAUCAACAUCAUCGCCAAGAGUAUUUCCAUAAGGAUUUGUCAAUGGAUUAUUACUCGGAUAGAACAAUGACGAGGCAAGUAACGCUGUUCAUAUUCGUCCUCUCCCUCGGCUUUGUGCUCGGGCAGGUGUCCUACACUGUACCGGAGGAAAUGGCCAAAGGAUCUUUGAUCGGGAACUUAGCUCAUGAUUUAGGUCUGGAAAUUAAACGUCUGACUUCAGGUAAAGCACGGAUUUUUACUCGAGACAGCGACGAGUACUUCGAGCUCAACAGAGAAACGGGGGUCCUCUUUGUGAAAGAAAAAAUUGACAGAGAGGCGCUCUGUAAAAAGACGACGCCGUGCGCUCUGCAAUUUCAGAUUAUUUUGGAAAAUCCGAUGGAAUUCUAUAGUGUCACCGUCCAGAUAACAGAUAUCAAUGAUAAUCCUCCGACAUUUGAAAAAAAUGAAAUUGAUUUCAGGAUAAGUGAAUCGGCAGUUACUGGAGCUAAAUUUGCUCUAGAGAGAGCUGUCGAUCUUGACGUUGGAAUAAAUGACCUCAAAAGCUACACUUUAAAGCCAACACAAAAUUUUGCGUUAAAGCUUCACAAUAAUCCUGAUGGCAAUAAAAACUUAGAGAUGGUAUUACAGAAGCCUUUAGACAGAGAAAAACAGGAAAAAAUAAAUCUGGUGUUAACAGCUGUAGAUGGAGGAGAGCCACAGAUGUCAGGAACGAUACUGGUUGUUAUUACAGUGCUAGACGCUAAUGAUAAUGCUCCGGUUUUCACACAACAGAUAUAUGAGGCUAGCGUUAUUGAAAAUUCGCCUCAGGGAACAAUUGUCACUACAGUUACAGCUUCAGAUGCAGACGAGGGUUCUAACAGUAAAAUAAGAUAUUCAAUUAGAAACACAUUAGAUGACGUCAGGACAACGUUUAAAGUGAACCAGGAAAACGGCGAAGUAACUUUAAUUGGAAAAACAGAUUUUGAAGAGUCGAGAAGUUAUGAAAUAGAUUUACUUGCUACUGAUGAAGGAGGACUCACGGAUUCUUGCAAAAUUAUUAUUGACAUACAUGACACAAAUGAUAAUGUACCAGAAAUACAUAUAAUGUCGAAGUCCACCAUUAUUUCAGAAGACGCGAAACUAAAUACAGUUGUCACAAUGAUAAACAUCGAAGACAAAGACUCGGAACAAAACGGAAAUGUAAAAUGUUACAUUGAUGAGAAUAUGCCUUUCAAUUUGAAAUCAGUAAAUAACUUCUAUAGUUUGGUGACAGACAACGAAUUAGACAGAGAAAACCACUCAGAGUACGUAAUUACAGUAACCUGUUCUGAUGAAGGAGUACCCUCCCUCUCCAGCAGCGUCACUCUCACCUUACAGAUCUCUGAUGUAAAUGACAACGCACCUGUAUUUGAGAGGAGCUCAUAUGAUGCCUACAUUGUAGAAAACAACACACCAGGUGUGUCUAUAUUUACAGUUAAAGCUACAGACGCUGACUGGAACCAGAAUGCUCGUGUUUCUUACAUACUGGAGGAAUCCUCUGUUAAUGGAGUGCCAGUCUCCUCAUAUGUGUCCAUCAGUGCUGAUAGUGGAGUCAUUCAUGCAGUGCGUUCCUUUGACUACGAGCAGAUCAAAGAUUUCCAGUUCUGCGUGAAAGCGCAAGAUGGAGGCUCUCCUCCACUCAGCAAUAACGUUACUGUGAAAAUCCUGAUCCAGGACCAGAACGAUAAUCCCCCUCAGGUUUUGUACCCAGUCCAGACUGGUGGCUCCAUGGUGGCUGAAAUGGUGCCUCGUUCAGCAGAUGUUGGCUACCUGGUGACUAAAGUGGUGGCUGUGGAUGUGGACUCUGGACAGAAUGCCUGGCUCUCCUAUAAACUCCAGAAAGCCACAGACAGAGCGCUGUUUSAARUGGGCUUACAGAAUGGAGAAAUAAGAACUAUCCGUCAGGUGACUGAUAAAGAUGCUGUGAAACAAAGACUGACUGUCAUAGUGGAGGACAACGGGCAGCCCUCUCGUUCAGCUACAGUCAUUGUAAACGUGGUGGUGGCGGACAGCUUCCCUGAAGUGUUGUCGGAGUUCACUGACUUUCCACACGAUAAGGAAUACAAUGACAACCUGACUUUUUACUUAGUGUUGGCUCUGGCUGUGGUUUCCUUCCUCUUCAUCACGUGUUUAGUGGUUAUUAUAUCAGUGAAGAUCUACAGAUGGAGACAGUCUCGCAUCCUGUAUCACUCCAGCCUCCCUGUGAUUCCAUAUUAUCCACCUCGUUACUCAGACACUUUGGGAACAGGAACUCUGCCACAUGUACAUAAUUACGAGGUGUGCAGGACGACUGACUCCAGAAAAAGUGACAAUAAGUUUGGCAAUGCUGCUAAUCAGAACCUGUUGAUAAUGGACCCAAGUUCAACAGGGACAAUGCAACGGAUCCACAGUGAGACGAGCAUCCUGGAUGAACCUGAAUCUCCACUAGAGGUUAGACAUCAAUAUCGAUAAUGAAUACAAAAUAAUUUUAAUACUCAUAUUAUUCUUCUGGACAUGAUGGUUUUUUUGUGUUUUUUUACCUA